CUGUCUUCUUUGGAUCCGUGGACAAAAUUGGGUCAUGUUAUUAGCGGACUGUCAUAGAGAAAUAAGUAACCACAAUUAAGACCUCUCAGAACACACAGAAAUUAGAUUUUAUUGGACUUGUUUGGGAUAUCUGGUCCAACAGCAGUAGACAUGAGGGUAGAGGAGACAUACCAGAGCCUUGCCGAUGAAGAGUUUGCUGAAAAUGGUACAACAAGCUUGGAUAUAAAAGUGCAGGACAACAACGUCUACAUGGUAGUCAAUUCUGGCAGAUCUCAACAUACAGACCGUGAACGGAGUGUACUCAGAGCACUGGUAGCACUGUUAGGUCUGCUGAGUGUUCUGCUGCUGACUAGCACCAUAGUGCUUAUGACCAAGAGGACUAGAACACUGGGACCACAACCACUGCUCCUCAAAUAUGGCGGCCAAGCUUUCUUCCGGACAGAUAUGCAGGAUCAGACAUUUUGUUUCCCCAAGCACACUGACACGGAUUAUGUCAAGAUACUGCCAAACUAUAUGGACCCCCUUGUCCAUCUGAGUUUAUGCAUGAGGUACAAAACCAAAUAUUCCCGAAAAGAGCAGUCUCUGUUCUCUCUCGCCAACCAUCGCUACCACAAUGCUUUCUUGCUGUUCAUCGAAAAGUCAGGAAGGUUUUCAUUCUCUGUCAAUAAUGAGGAAAAGCACACAAACAUCUUCAGUCCAGUUAACCAGUGGAACUCUGUGUGUGCAACCUGGAACAGCUGUGGUGGCGAUUCAUAUUUGUGGCUGAAUGGAAAAAAGUUUUACAUUGGAAAAUUGGCCUCGGGCCACACCAUACAGAACGAAACCAUAGCACUGGUAGGUCAAGAUCAAGAUAGCCAUGGCGGCCAUUUGGACCUUGCACAGUGCUUUGUAGGAGCAGUCAGUGAUGUUUACCUUUGGGGACAUGGGAAGUCAGUUCCUCUAGUCGCAGAAUUCAUGCGGAGGGAGUCCUUAUCAAAUCCCGAUGAUUUUUUGAUUAACUGGAUGGCAUUAAACUACACCCUUUCUGGAGACGUCUCUGUGAUGUCCAGAGAAUCUACGUGCACUGAAAAGUAAUGAACUACCAUGGUAACUAUGGUAACUAUGGUACUAGUAUUUCUGGUUUAUAAUGCUAUUUUUGGAUUUUUCAUUGCAGAUAUAUGUUUGACACACACCACCUGUUUAAAGGAUUUCUCCAGGUGUAUUAAUGGUAAUGUUAUUGAUAUGUUUAAAGAAUGAUUUGCAAGAUAAGGUUAAACACACUCUUGAAGACCAGAGAUUAAAUGAUCAUUCGUUAAGUAGAUGACCAGAUGGGGCUUACAGCCAACUAAUGACUUGAAUCGGCUGCCUGUAUAGAUAAUGCAGUCUAUAAAUAAUAAUAAAUUAUGGGAUUUUGA